AUGUAUGUAGAAGCACCAAGAGUGCACAAUUACGAAGACUCUGUGCUUCAACAACUGUUUCAUCCACAAAGACGAGUGUUGAUAUUGGAUGGAGCCAUCGCAACAGAAUUAAACAAGAGAGGAUUCCAUCUGACUCCAUCGUUGUGGUGUGCACAUUUAUUAAAAGAGAAUCCAAAAGCCAUACAAGACGUGCAUGAUUCCUAUUUGCACGAAGGAGGAUGUGAUAUUUGCACCACAGCAAGCUAUCAAGUUUCAAAGGAAGGAUUUGAAAGAUAUGAAAGAUUGAUUGCGGAUCAGAAUAAUGAUGAUCAUCACCAGGACGAACCAGAAACACAUCAUUCUCCACAAACGAAAAAACACAGUGAGGAAAUUGUGAAUCAAGCACUACGACAAUCGAUUCGAAUGGCAAAAGAAGCCGUCCAACACUACGAAAAUAAUAAGGCAACACAAGUUGAUAUCAAUACCACUUUUGGGAAGAAAUUCGUGGCUGCAAGUUUGAGCUGUUUUGGAGCUUCAAUUUCAGACAUUACUGGCAUUGCGAAAGAAUAUUAUGGAGAUUAUUUGGAUGACGAUGUGGAUGAAAAUAGAGAGCAUUAUGUACAUGCAGUCAUUAAAGAAUUGAGUGACGAAUUGUACAAAAUUGAUCAAUCACCACACAAGGGUGGUAUCGAACAAGUCAUCUAUGAAUUUCAUCUUCCAAGGGUGAGAGAAUUAUUGAGAGAAGAGCCUGAUUUUCUACUUUUGGAAACCAUGCCAGUAUUGAGAGAGGUGAAAAUUUUGUGUGAACGAGUCAUUCCUGAUGCCUUAAAAGAAUUGAAAACAAACAACCAAUUACCACAGACAAGAAAACAAAUGAUACUGAUAUCGUUCCAAUGUAAAGAUGGUGAACAUACAGGUCACGGAGAGCCAAUAAUUUCAUGUGCCAAGUUUGUAAAUGAGAUGAAUUCACAAAUAACCAUGUCACAUGGAGAUUAUCAAAUUGUUGGAAUGGGAGUAAAUUGUGUGUCACCAUCCAUUACACCAUCACUGCUCGAUAAUAUUGACUCUGCCCUCAAUUCAGACGUGGCAAUUAUUGUUUAUCCUAAUAGUGGUGAGAUUUGGGAUUGUUCACAACAGACUUGGCUACCUCCCAGCAAGGAAAAUGAAUGGGACUACGAGAAAGAUUUCAUUCCCUUCAUUAAAGCUUGGAGGGAUCAGCAUCCUCACAGACGUCUAAUUGUAGGUGGUUGUUGUAGAACUGGUCCAAAUCACAUUUGUAAGCUUUCCAAGGUAUUGCUCUAG